AUGAUGCGACGUAUCAUUCAUUCCACCGCGUCAUCGCAGGCGACGCUUCAUUUCCCGGUGCCGUCCCGCAUGGGCGUUAUUCCUGCACCAUAUCGCUCCUCUGCCUUUUACACGGCACGGCGUACUUUUUUUGGCAUGCUACGUCCCAAAGCACGGCAGGUAAAGGUGGAGGAUGUCCUCUUCGACAAGCAAGCAACACACUACACAGGGACCAUUUUUGGCUUCUCCGCCGAUGCUGUGAUAUUUUAUGCCAAAACCGGUGCCACUGUAUGCGCCAUCAUUGUGAUUGUGGCAGUGUUCCUCAAGGGCUACGCCAUGCUUUCACGCUUUAGCCUGGCAACAGUGGCCCGUCUGGGAUUCAUGAGUGGCUUUUUAUGUAGUGCAGUGCUCUACACCGUCAUCAUUGCAGUAAUUCGCCGAUUUAGGAUCAACCCCAACGCCGUGUACAACCAAUCUAUCGCUCUUGUAAUGCGAAACGAAAAGGUUGUGCAACACCUCGGUUCGCACCCCCGCACGGGGGACUUCAAGGCCUAUUGCCAAAGCGGAGGCUUUCGUCUUCCACUCAUUCGUCGUAUUCGCAGCGGGUCCUAUGAACUAUCUGAUCUUUUAGGACUAAAGCAAAGAAAAUUGCAGAUGAUGUUUAUCUUGCGUAAUCCAGCGAACGGGAGAGAAGGCUUUGUUACAUGUGAUGUGCGCCGCGAAACGACUGGAUUUAUGAGCUCCACGAAUACAUUCAAAUCUUUGGCGGUGACGUUAACGGACUCCACUCGUACAUCGGCGCCACAGACUAUCGUGGUGAUUGGUCGGCCAGAGGACGUAGUAUACCGUGGCCUUAUGAAACUAUAG